GUUAUGUGGGGGCUGCCACUGUGGGGGCUGCUGCCUGGUGGUUUACCAUCUCUGAGGACGGACCACAGAUCACUCUGUACCAGCUGAGCCACUUCCUCCAUUGUGGCCCAGACAACCCAGACUUUGAAGGCUUGGACUGCCAAAUGUUCGAGUCGCCCUACCCAAUGACCAUGGCGCUGUCUGUGCUCGUCACAAUCGAGAUGUGCAACGCUCUGAACAGUCUGUCAGAGAACCAGUCCCUGCUGAGGAUGCCUCCGUGGGAAAACGUUUGGCUGCUGGGAGCCAUCUGUCUCUCCAUGUCUCUGCACUUCCUCAUCCUCUAUGUGGAGCCUCUACCU